GGAUGGAGAAUUCCUGCCUGUCCAGUGCAAGUUUGUCAACACAACCGAUAGGAUGGUCUUUGAUCUCAUCCAUCAUUUUAACAGGUUCCCUAAAGCGUUCUUAACAUUCAGUUCCUUCAGAAAUUUGUUCCCUGAAAUCAAUGGAUACUGUUACUGUGCUGACAGCCUUGGGAGAGAACUAGAAGAUACAGGUCUGGAAAUGUUGCUUGAAAAUGUGUACGACACAGUUUUUGCAUCGCUGGAACCGGUUCCCACCUUUGCUGAAAGUAGCAUGUAUAGGAUCCUACAGAGACGUUUCCUGGGAGUACAACUGGCAACAACUGGCAGAUUCAGAUGCCCCUCCAAGUGUGAAAUAGAGUAUUUCGCUGCCACUCGUUUUGAAGAGGAUUAUAAACCAUUGUGUGAAGACAACGGUGCCCACAAGCCAACACAAUGUCAACUGAAUGGAGAAUGUUGGUGUGUCGACAGCAGAGGACGGGAAAUCACUGGAACAAGGAGGAGAGGACAGCAACCAAUCUGUGACAAGGAGCCCACCUGUGUCUCUGAGAGACUAGUAUCUCUGUCCAGGCUUUUCUAUGGACCCGUUGGACAUUUCAGUCGUAACAAUCUGUUUUCUGCUACUCGAGAGCCGUGGAAGAUAGUUGGCUCCUCAAGAUUUUGUCCCUUUUUAUUCAGAGACUUUUUUGUGGAUUCCACGGAGCUGUCUUCCAUUUCAGGGGAAAACAGCGCCGCUCAGCUCUUCGCAUUUGAAACUCUCCUCGGCGAAGCGGUUGGUGGGAUGUUUCCUUCACGAGAACUUGCUCAGAUCGCUCUACGAUUCACCAGCAACCCCAAGCGGUUCCAAGAAAACCUUUUCGGUGGGAUGUUCUUGAAGAAUCUGAUCCAGUUUAACUUUACAGGAGCUCUUGGUCCGAACAGCAAAUUUAAUUUGGACAAGUAUUUCCAGCAGGUUGGGAUGAGAAGUGGAUUCGGUGAGCUGGCGGGUCAACUUUUGCAAGGAAGCUCCCAGAAGAAGUUUAAUUUGAGCCAAUCUCUUGUUGACGGCUUUGGUCGUACGGUCAAUUUAGAGGACAAUCAGAAUGCCAUCAAAUUCCUUGCUUCUCUUCUUGAAGCCCCAGAGUUUUUCACUUUUCUGCAGCAUGUGAUUUCUGUCCCAGAAAAUGUAACCAAAGAUUUAGGCAAUGUGGUGAAGAUUCUGUUGAAAGCAAGAGACUGCACGGAAGAGGGCAAUGAUGUUUUCGUGCCAGACUGUAGUGAAGACGGGAACUACAAGGAAAUCCAAUGUAAGAGAGGGGAGUGCUGGUGUGUAGAUUUAAGGGGGAAAGAAAUCCCUGGAUCCAGAGUACGAGGGACAAACCCACGGUGCCCUACAACGUGUGAAAAGCAAAGGUCCAGUUUGCAACUCUUAUUAAGAGACCAGCCUGCAGGAUCUCAGAUGUUUGUUCCUUCAUGCACCAAAGAAGGGAAAUUCCUGCCAGUCCAGUGCCAUGGAAAAAACUGUUUCUGUGUCAAUUCAGAAGGCAUACCUGUUCCAGGAAUAAGUACCAAUUCUGAAGACCCCAUACAAUGUCCAAGUGACUGCCACCUUGCAGCUGGUCAAGCUUUUCUAACAUCUGCUAAGCAGUUCCUUUUGAAUCCCGCUGCUCUGACUCAAUUGUCCAGCGUUUAUGUACCUCAGUGCGGUUUGGAUGGUCAGUGGAGGGCAAUCCAAUGCAAUGGUCCACCUGAACAAGCUUUUGAGUGGUACCAAAGAUGGAAUACUCAGAACAAUAAUAACAAUGUGCUUACUAUCCCUGACUUGGCUAACGUACUCCUGGACUACAAGGCAAGAUCUCAGCAGAGCUUUGAAGAUUUCAUCAACAUUCUCUACGCAGCGGGCCACCAGAAUAUUUUCCCAGGAUUUUCCAAAUACUCAUCUUUUGAAGCUGUUCCUCAAGAGCUGCUGGAAGGCAAUACACUGCAGUCAUCUGAGAACAUCUUACUGGACCCGUUCACCUUUUGGCAGCUUCUUCAAGGUCGCCUUAACCAUUAUCCAGGACCCUACAGUGAUUUUAGUAUCCCCUUGGGACAUUUUGAUCUUCGCAACUGUUGGUGUGUGGAUGAAAAGGGACGCCUGCAAGGAAGCCAAGCCAGCGUAAACCAAGUUCCAACUUGUCUUGGAGUGUGUGAAGCUGCAAAGCAAGAAGCUGUGGAAUUUGUUAACAAGGCGGAACAACUUAUUCAGGAGUCAAACAUCUCUCAUUUUCCUUUUGGACAAAGCUUUUUAAUGAGCCAAAUAUCUAUGUUAAGAGGCCGAGAGCUUUGGAGUAAUUUUUCUCAGCUGGAGAGCACUUUUGCAGAAAUACUGUUGGCAGGGAGCGAUUAUGCCAUCCAGCUGGCUGCACAAUCCACUUUGCAGUUUUAUCAGAAGAGUCUAUUUGCAUCCCCGGACUCUGCUGGGGAAGCUCAGCGCUUGGCAUUUCAGCCUUACAUCCCCCAGUGUGAUGGACAAGGGAACUGGGAGCCGGUCCAAUGCUAUGACAGCACAGGUCACUGCUGGUGUGUCAAUGAGAUGGGACGUUAUGUUUCAGAUUCCUUGGUGACACGCUCAACACAACUGCCCCAGUGUCAGACAUCAUGUCAACGUUCCCAAGUCAACGCCCAGAUUGCCAGUUGGAGAAUGAAUGGAUUGACACGGAACGCAACUUCAGCAGCUCUGUUUACUCCGUCCUGUCUGGAGAAUGGAGACUAUGCGAAUUUUCAGAAAUCGGAUUCACAGGCCUGGUGUGUCAACCCGGUGUCGGGAGCUGUAAUGCAAGAGAGCGAAAUUGAUUCUAACGGCGAGACUCCUUGCCCCAGCUACUGCAGUCUGGUGAAGUCGAAGACUCUGCUGCGCGAAAUUGGUAAAGGCUACAUCCCGAAGUGUGACGAGAACAGUCAGGUUUUCUCUCCGGCGCAAUGCAGUGAAGACCAAGCAAGCUGUUGGUGUGUCCUUGACAAUGGUCAGGAGGCUCCAGGGACAAGAGUUAAUGGCCAGAAGCCUGCCUGUGAACGUCCACGGUGUCCUCUGUCUUAUAACGCUUCUAAGCUGAUCCACGGUGGAGUUUUUUGCGAUAUCACCACUGCAAACUCAAAGAUCCAGCAGUGUCAAGUGAUUUGCUCUCCGGGUUAUCAUGAUGUCUUUUCUCAAAGAGAACCUCUUCAGUGUGAUACCCAGAAUCUCCUCUGGCUUACAAAUCCGCCUCAUUCUCUUGCUUGUCAGAGACUGCAGCCAUUCCAGAGUGUCCAGAUUCAAACCCAGUUUCAGCUCAUCUUGCCUCCCAAGAAGACCUGCAGCCCUGACUAUUCCGGGUUGCUGGAGACAUUUCAGGUCUUCAUUCUGGAUGAGCUGAAGUCUCGUGGCUUUUGCCAUAUCCAGGUCAAUACUUUGGAGAACUUGGUGUCUGUUCCAGUCUGUGGAGAUUCUGCUGUCGUGGUUGAGUGUACAGCUGCUGAUCGUCUGGGAGUGAAUGUCACAUGGCAAGCUAUGCUCAAAAAUGUGCCAGCUAUUGCACUUCCUGAUUUAUAUGACAUUGAGAAAGCCAUGGUUGGUGAGAAACUCCUUGGGCGUUUUGAAGAGCUGAUCAAGAGUGGUGGCUUUGUCCUCCACUUGGACAACAAGCAAUUCCAAGCAGACACUUCCAUCCGCCUUCCUGGAAGAGGAAAUUCUGGCGUGUCUUCCUUGGGGUGCAAUAAUGGUUUCCAGAAAGUCUUAACUAGUGGAGAAGUGAUACCAAAUUCUCAAGGAUGUGCUGUCUGUCCUCCAGGUUCCUCCUAUCAGAACGAGAGGUGCGUUCCGUGCCCUUCUGGAUUCUAUCAAGACCAAGCAGGAAGUGACUUCUGUGCAAAAUGUCCUCUUGGGACACUGACCAUCUCUCCUGGAGCUUUCAGAGCCAAUCACUGUAUGACUGAUUGCCAGAGGAAUGAGCAAGCUGAGAGGUGUGAUGAAAAUGGCCAGUAUAGACUUUCUUACCAAGAUCCUUCCACCCGAAAGUCAUUUUGUGUUGACAGCACUGGAAAGAGAUUAGACUGGACAGAGGCAGGUGGUCCUUUGACGGAUUCGCAGUGUUCGGUCCUCAGACGUUUUGAGAAGGUUCCUGCUUCCAAUCUUAUCUUCACCAUGGAAGAAUUGGAAUCAGUUGGGACUAAAACCCUCCAAGGAACGUCUAUGGACACCCUUCAGCAAUGCAUUGCAGAGUGUGAGAAGGAUGAGUCCUGUGGAUUUGUCACCACGUCAGCUGUGGGUCCAGAAACGUUGUGUGAGCUGUACAGUGCUCAGGACAGCAAUUAUAACUGCUCUACUUCUGGACUGGUUCAAGGUGCUUGGAAGAAUUCUCUCGCCACCAGCAUUGCCAGUCUCAGCUGCCUAAUUAAAGUGAGAGGCCCAGAGAAGAAAGAUUCAUUGAGCGCGUACCUAAAAAAAGGACAAGAAUUCACUACAGUGGGAGUCAAGACAUUUGAAAAGACUGAUUUCCAGGAUGUUGUUUCUGGCGUGUACAGCAUUUCGGUUGUGUCAGCAUCUGGUACAUCUUUGACAGAUGUUCAUCUCUUCUGCCGCCAAACCUGCCACCAAGAUGCUUGCUGUGAUGGCUUUAUCUUAAGCCAGCUCAUACUUGAUGGAGGCAGUAUUGCAUGUAGCCUGCUGAGUUCUCCAAGCGCUUUAUUCUGCAAUCUUAAUGACUGGGAUGGGAGCUCAACCCGUCGACAAGGUGACAUAUGUCAACGUGCAAAGUACAGUGAAGGGAAGAGCCAAUACACAGUCAGAAUUGGAGAGCAGGUGCUUGCUGGAGCUUCUGAGCUUGCAGAAGACAUAGAAAAAUUCUUCAUCGGCUUUCAGCGUGUUUAUAUCUGGAAAGAUUCUGACAUGAUGACCCGCAUUGGAUCUACCAUGUGUGAUGCUACUCUUGUUCCACUACAGUCUAAGUCUCUUCUAUCAGCUUCUACCAAGAAACUCUUUUCUAUAGUGGAAAGCGACCAAAUAUUGACCGAACCGAAUCGUUCUCUGCCAUCCCAAAAAUAUUGGCUUUUCAAGCAGAGCUACUCAGCUGAAGAGGCUCUUCUCUGGUGUCUCACACGUUGUAGAGAGGAUGAGUUUUGUCUACUGGCUGAUAUUCCAAAUAACACAGACACAACCUUCUUUCCUUGCACCCUCUAUCCAUCAGCCCAAGUCUGUAACACUUCCAUUAACAACGUCCCCAACAACUGCGAGAUUGUGUUACCUCAAAAGACCCAACUUUUAUAUCACAAGACAGUAUCUCUUGAAGGGAGCGUCAAGAAUUUUUACACCCAUCUACCGUUCCGUAAAAUAUCAGGAGUCUCUGUGAGAAACAAGAUGGAUAUGUCUAGGAAAACGGUGUCAAAGGGAUUUUUUGACUGUGAACGGCUUUGCGACGCUGAUCCUUGCUGCUCGGGUUUUGGACUUCUAAAUGCUUCCGAAGACAAAGACAGCAAGAUCUUGUGUUUGACUCUGGGCAGUUUGGGAAUUCAAACCUGCAGUGACGAAUUAAGAAGUGAUUGGCAGAUUUCUCCUUGUACAUCUCUGAAAUCUGAGGCCAAAGUGCAUCCUUUCGGCUGGUAUCAGAAAUCCUCAAUUGUGCCCCGCGUGUGUCCACCGGUUCCUUUACCAGAAAAUCAAGAAAACGUGACUUUGGACAAAUGGCAGCGUUUGGACAGGACCUCCACUGUUAUUGACCCUUCCAUUUCUAAAUUUGAUGUCAUCCAGGUCAGCAGAGAUCCUUCCAGUGAGUUUGCUGCCAUCCGAGAUUUUUGUCUCUCAGUUUGUUCAAAGGACAACCUGUGCCGAGUGACCACACUCAAAAUGUUGCCAUCAGCAGUGCGAUGCACGUUCUACCCAGAAACACAGAGUUGUAGCCUGAGUCUACAAGGCCAUCGCUGUCGUAUUUUGCUCAAGGAGCCUGCUACUUACAUCUAUCGAAAGCAAGAUGUGAUCCUACCCACUGCUGAAAGAAACAAUGAGCCUUCAGUAUUCAUCCCAUCACAUGGGACUCUGCUGGGCAGCUCUCAAGUAAUUCAAGUGGGCUCUGAAUGGAAGAGCAUUGGAUGGUUCCUUGGGGUUCCAUAUGCAGCACCUCCGGUGGGAGAGAAUCGGUUCCGUCCUCCACAGCCUUUCACCUGGACAGACUUCUGGAACGCAACCACAACCCGUGCUAGCUGCUGGCAACCAGGAGAUGACAGCCUUUCUUCGGUCAGUGAAGAUUGCUUGUUUUUGAACAUCUUUGUCCCGCAGAACAAUGGAGGGAAUCUACCAGUGCUGGUUUUCUUCCACAACAGCAUAAAUGCUGAUGACCAAGGCAAAAAGGCAGCCCUUGAUGGUUCGUACUUAGCUGGAGUUGGAAAUCUCAUUGUCGUAAUUGCAAAUUACCGUGUAGGAGUUUUUGGCUUUUUAAGCACUGGUUCCAGUGUUGCAAGUGGAAACUGGGGGCUUUUGGAUCAAGACACGGCUCUACAAUGGAUAAGGAAGAACAUUGGAAGGUUUGGGGGAGAUGCAGGACAGAUAACAAUUGGAGCACCGGACAGGGGAGCGGAUAUUAUCAGCAUUCACCUCCUUAAGAAAACUUCAAAUCCAACCCUGUUCAAGAGGGCACUACUGAUGGGUGGUUCUGCUUUCUCUCCAGCGAUAACGCUCAGCAAAGAGAAAGCACAAUCCCAAGCUGUCGAUUUGGCUCGUGAAGUCGGCUGCCCAUCAGUCAGCAGUUCUGAGAUUGUCUCGUGCCUUCGCCAGCUGCCUGCCAAAACACUUAACGAUGCACAAACCAAGCUCCUCGCCAUAAGUGGGCCAUUCCAAUAUUGGGGUCCAGUUGUUGAUGGAUCCUACGUGCAAGAAUCUUUUCCAGCUGCUUUGCAACGGGCCCGACUUUCAAAGUUGGAUCUACUCAUUGGAAGUUCACAACAGGAUGGGCUGAUCAGUCGUGCAAAGGCGAUUAAGCGUUUUGAAGAAAGACAAGGCCGGGCCAAUAGCAAAACCGCUUUUUAUCAGGCCCUCCAAAACUCUUUGGGCGGUGAAGAGUCCAACCUUCUCAUCCAGGAUGCGGCCACGUGGUUUUAUUCCCUAGAACAUUCAUCCACUGAGUAUGCUUCCUUCUCCAGGGCAUUAGAAAAUGCCACUCGAGACCACUUCAUCAUUUGCCCAACUAUUGAUAUGGCAAAGGAAUGGGCUAAUAACGAGAGAGGGAAUAUUUUCAUGUAUCACGUGCCUGACAGCAAUUCCUUGAGCAGCUCAAGCCUGGAAUACAUUCCUGAUGUUCAGCUUGCGUUUGGCCUACCCUUUUAUCCUCAGUAUAAAAACCGAUAUACACAGGAAGAGAAGGUUCUCUCCUUAGUCGUUAUGCAGUACCUGUCCAACUUUAUAAAAUCUGGGCCAAAGAGAGCAACCUGCCCCGAGUAGACCCACAAAAGGACUGGCUGCAACGCCCAUCUCUAAGACCACCACAAUGAAGUUGCUGGAAGAUAAGGCAGCCUACAGCAAAUAGAGCAGACCCUUUCGCUCUAUUUUACACUGAAGUGGUGAAAUCAGAAUAUUCUACUCAUCCAAAGGAAGAACUGGCUUUGCUAUGUUGCACUGUAAUAGCUGACUAUUAGUGAUAGUAUGCUAGAUACGAAGGUUGCUUUGCAGGCCAAGCAAAACUUAAAAUACUAUAAACAGGGGAUGAAGAGCUUAGGGGCUGAAACAAUUAAUUUUGAUGCCUUGACCUGUAUGCA